AUGUCUGAUAACGUUGACAGCCGGACUGUCAAUGCACUGACGAAUGAUUUCAACGAAGAGACACCCUUGAUCGCACUGUUCAAGAAGAGCUUCCGCAAAGCUGGACUCACAAGCCAAAGCUUCCGCAUCGACCCGUUCGCAUUCAACAAGAUGGAGCAGUGGUAUGAAGCUGAAGUGGCCGCAGAUGAUUUGGAUGAUGACGAUGUCGAGUCCGCGCAACCCAGCCCAACCGCUGCUUUGUUCGAGGCUCUGGGCGUCUUCACACCCAAACCAUCCGACGGGGAAGACUCCAGCUCUAGUCCAAUUCCUCUUGCUCCUUGGAAUGCCCACUCAUUCAACCCCGACUUCGACGAUCUCAGCUCUGGAUCCCGCCACAGCGUUCCCUACAGCAACACCUCCAUCGGCAACGACUCUAAGGAGUCUGUCCUCUCUGGAUCAGACAAGGAGAACUCUGACCCAUCUUGUGGCAAUCCACCCAUCCCAUCGUCAGCAGAUGACUUCAAGCUCAAUUCGGCCGAUCCUGCGCUCCACAGUUCAGACAGUACCAUCCCCGAUCCCGAUCUUCCAACCGCAAACGUCGACUACUUGUAUCAGGAACCUUCCUUCGAGCAUGCUGUCGACCCAGUCAUGCCAUCACCUCUACCUAAUGCCAACCUCCGCCAGCCUCCAGUCUGGAGCCCGAUCGUCGAUCGUCGUCUUUCGAAAGCUCUAGGUCAAGAAGCUUAUCUCUCCGUUCAUGAACUCCAGAAGAAGCUAUCUCAGGACUCACUCCGCUCAAAACGCCCCAAGAAGCGCUCGGCUAACGAGUGUCGUACUCCGCGAGAGACUUCCGCUGAGAAGCGAGCAAGGAAAGGUCUCUGCACUGCGCUGAUCCAUCACAUCGACGAGCAACUUGCUGCCAAUCAACAGCGUGGUUCUCCUCAUGCUCCAUCAUAUUCACCAAUCAGCAACAACCAAGACGCGGUUCGUCCACCUUCCGAUCGACCAGCUACCAACAGCCAAGAUAGAGCUACUGCUCCCUCUGAGUCUCCAUCCAUAGUUAGACCAGCACCUCCGGACUCAUCGGUCUUUCAUUCCAAAGCUUCUCCCAGACCAGCAGGCUCUCCUCUCACUCCAGACAAAGACCUUGCCCGGCCUGCCGCACCUGGCUACUCUACUAUCUUCGUUCCUGUCGCUGAGGCGUACAAAGCAUAUCCCGGUCAAUUCGUCGCUGUGACUGACGAGUUCCUCGGUCGUCAAGGUCUUCAACCCCAGAAGUUCACUUUCCCAGAAGGAGUCUGUAAUCGCAACGCCAAUGGCAGCUACACCAACUCCCGGAUGAUCGAAGCGCGUCCUGCCUACCGCCUCGACUACUCUGCUCGCUUCCGCUCUGGAAGAUUCCGCAAGACGACGAAGAGGGAGGAAGAUAUGUACGCCAUCCUCGAAGCAAAGACAAUGCAUGCCUUUGGCGUCCGAAUCGACGACAGUAGGAUCUCCCUUAUGCGCGCUCGUAUCCAUCACGAGGCUUCGCAGGCUCGUAUCAUUGGGUGCAGUGCUGGCGAGUAUCGCUACUACGACGGUCAUCUCACCAUCGAGGACUACAUCAUCAACGGCGUCUGUGUCUGCUGGGAGCGCUGUGCUUGCUCGGCUGUCUGCACCCGCUAUCCAGACAUGCUGUGCCCAUGCAGCGAGCACACUACUAUGGACGAGAACUAG